AAAAAAAAAAGUCGCCGAUCCGUUUCCUCCUCGAUUGCCGGCAAGCGGAAGAGGGAGAGCGGAAGCGAGGAGGAGGAGGAUCGAGGCAGCGGGCGCAACGUGGCGCGCGCUUUGCUUGCAACGGAAGCGUGGGGAUUAUAAAAGAGGGGGCGCGAGAUCCAGAUCUGGCGCCGAUGCGCCCCCCCUCCCUGCUCUCCCUCACCCUCGACUCCGCGCUCCUCCGCAUCGCCCACCUCCACGACCUCUCCCGCCUCCCCGACCACCUCCUCAUCGACCUCUUCCGUAGAACUAUAGCUGCCGGUAAGCUGACAGAAAAAGUCCUGAAGUUGUUUCUGGCAACGGAUUGCGAGGAAAUCGCCUUGCUUGUUCAGUUGCUCAACAUUAAGCAGCCGCUUGUACCGGUCCUUCCCACGAGGUGCUCUGAGAAGUUCUAGAAGUGACACUGAUUAGGUCAGUCUUGGUUACCUGAGAAAAGAUGUCUUUGGAAAUUCAGGACAGUGAGGUCGACAUUGUGAUUGCAGCACUCCAGCCCAACCUGACUACUUUCUUUGAGGCAUGGAGGCCAUUUUUCUCUCGGUUCCACAUCAUUGUUGUCAAA